AUGGUUCGCGCCUCACCCACCACCCUCCUGGCCAUAACCGGCCUAGCUGCUACAGCUACAGCGUCCAAGCAUACAUGGUGGGACCACAUGAAGUGCGCAGCUGCUGUAGCCCAGGACGCAGAUUACCCAACUUGCACCUCACCCUCCAAGUUCGACUGCUUCUGCGCGCAGCCGUUUGAUCCGGCCAAAAUAAGCAGCGCAGCAAAGGAUGUGUGCAAGGACUCUGGGAUCCCAAUCGAGUCUAUACACAAUUUCAUUUGCAGGAACGACGAUCGCGAUAGCGGUUAUGAUGACGUGUAUGACCACGACCACUACCGGAACUGCCACCAUGCCUUCGUCUACGACGACGACAACGAUAGGGACAGAUAUGAGUAUCCCAUCUCCCAUCCGCACCGCCUCAGCCAGCCCAUGAUGCGCGUUUCCGCUCCGGAGCCCAGUCCCUCAGACACGGCUAAACACAACCCCAGCGUCCAGAGCAAGAGGGCAUACGCGCCAGGUCUGUCCCCUUACGCCUCCUCGGCCUUUGUUUACCCCGCCCUCGUCACCGACGCCCCGUCCGUCAUUGACGAAGAGAGCGACUACGACAAAGAGCUCGGGAGCAGGGUCAUCACGGAGGUCCUCAUGCACACAUCGUGCGACUGUUCGUCGUCGACGGUAACGGCGGCCAGGAGCGGGGUGUCGAGUCAACCGGCGCACCUUCACCAGAGCGCGGUUCCUAUGUCAACUUCGUCGUCAGGGCACGCGCACGUUCACCAAACCGUGGUUCCUGUUCCAUCUUCGUCGUCGGCACAUGCGCAUGUUCACCAGACUGUAGUCCCAGUUUCAUCGUCGUCGACGCCCAAGCACCUUCACCAGUCCGUGGUCCCAGUUUCGUCUUCGUCAUCGGCGCACAAGCACCUUCUCCAGAGCGUGGUUCCUCUUUCAUCCGCAUCGUUGGCGCAUGAGCACGGUCACCAGACGGCAAUUCCCGUUUCACCUUCCUCAUCGGCGCACAAGCAACUUCACCAGACGGCAAUUCCUGUUUCACCUUCCUCAUCGGCGCACAAGCACCUUCUCCAGAGCGUGGUUCCUCUUUCAUCUUCUUCGUCGAGUCACGCGCACAUUCACCAGACAGCGAUUCCCGUGUCACCUUCAUCAUCGGCACUCAAGCACCUUCACCAGACUGUGGUCCCUGUUUCAUCCUCAUUAUCGGCUCCAUCUUCAUCACUGGCGCACAAGCACCUUCUCCAGAGCGUGGUUCCUCUUUCAUCCGCAUCGUUGGCGCAUGCGCACAUUCACCAGACAGUGGUUCCUGUUCCAUCUUCAUCAUCGGCGCACGCGCACAUUCACCAGACAGCGAUUCCUGUGUCAUCUUCGUCGUCGGCGCACAAGAACCUUCUCCAGACUGUGGUUCCUGUUCCAUCGUCGUCGUCGCCGUCAUCUUCAUCAUUGGCGCACAAGAACCUUCUCCAGAGCGCGGUUCCUCUUUCAUCCGCAUCGUCGGCGCAAGCGCACCUUCAUCAGAGCGCGAUUCCCGUUCCGUCGUCCUCGGUAUCGGCGUCCAGUAUGCUGAUCGGAUCACAUGCGCACGGGCCAGCGUCUAUGUAUGUCUCUGAGCCUGUGUCAGUGCCGGAGCCUACGGGCGUUGAUGCGCAGCGGAGCGGGUAUCCCAGUCACAAAACGAUGGCUUCGUCUUUUAUGGUGCCUUCGGCUUCGGCGGCGCCUUCGCCCUUGCCGUCGCCGUCGGAGAUGACAUUUGAUGGGGGUGCGUCUGUGAGGAUGAUUGUGCCGAGUUCUGUGGUUGUGCUUGGGUUGACUGCGUUAAUGGCGUUCUUUAUGUGA